AUGCCUCCAUGGAGACGCAAGGAAAGGCCGCGCUUGGACAAAGACUCUCCAAGUUCUACUCAAUCAGACGGUCCUCAGAUACCCUCUAAAAAUCAAGCCUCGGCCAUAGUAUCUCUUCGCGCAGUGACACGAUGCUUCAACGAUGCGAGCCCUGCCUCUACAGCUGCCGACUCGGCCACAGAUCCUACCGAGGACUUGGCCAGAAAGCACGCAGAAUUCGGCCCACUAGGCGAUAAGUCCCAUCUUUAUACCAGCGCGGUUUCUGGGGGAGAAAUGACAGAUCCCGUGGUGGAUGAUCCGCCGUACUUCAUCAUUUUGACAACCUAUAUCAGUUAUCUCGUUCUGAUAUUUGUUGGUCACUUCCAGGACUUUGUCGCCAAAUGGCUGAAGCCAGAUACUUUCCAACAUCUCAAGGCUCAGAAUGGGUAUGCCUCGUUGUAUGACGAUUUCGAAAGCUUCUAUACCCGACGCAUGAAGCAAAGGAUCAAUGACUGUUUUGAACGGCCUAUCACUGGCGUUCCCGGCAGACAUGUUGUUCUGCUGGACCGAACCACAAAAGACAAUAUUCGCUAUCAGCUUACCGGUACCGCCACAAAUACCUUAAAUCUGAGCUCGUACAACUAUCUUGGUUUUGCGCAGUCGGAGGGUCCCUGCGCUGACGCGGUGGAAGAGACCAUUCGCCGAGACGGAAUUAGUAUGACCAGUCCGUAUCCGAUGUCCACAAAGUUACUCGCCGAGGUGGAAUGCCAGAUCGCACGGUUGGUGGGCAAGGAUGCGGCUCUUGUAUUCUCGAUUGGCUUUGCGACGAACUCCACAAUAUUUCCUGCGCUUGUAGACCAAGGAUGUUUGAUCUUGUCAGACGAAUUCAACCACGCUUCGAUUCGAUUUGGCGCUAGGCUUUCAGGAGCGGCCAUAGAGGUCUUUGCACACAAUAGCAUGUCUAGUCUCGAAGCAAAGCUAAGGCAAGCCAUUUCCCAAGGCCAAACGCGAACGCAUCGACCAUGGAAGAAGAUUAUGGUCACCGUGGAAGGCUUAUACUCGAUGGAAGGAACGUUAUGCAAUCUCACCAAGAUCAUAGAGCUCAAGAAGAAAUACAAGUUUUAUCUCUUUGUUGACGAAGCACAUUCAAUUGGAGCGAUUGGCAGUCAAGGGGGUGGAGUAUGCGACUACUUCAAGGUCGACCCUGCUGAAGUUGAUAUCUUAAUGGGCACGUUCACCAAGUCAUUUGGAGCCAACGGUGGCUACAUUGCUGCGAAUAGAGCAAUAAUUGACAUGCUACGCUGCACCAAUGCUGGUCAGGUGUACAGCGAAGGACCAGCGCUUCCAAUUCUCGCGCAAAUUUCUUCUUCACUUCGAUUGAUCGCGGACGAGAACACUCUUCAUCCUGGUCAGGGUUUCGAGCGGAUUCAGCGCCUGACUUUUAACUCGAGAUAUCUUAGGCUGGGUUUGAAACGGCUCGGUUUCAUUGUAUGCGGUCAUGAUGACUCUCCUAUCGUGCCCCUAAUGCUGUACCAUCCGGCGAAGAUGCCGGCUUUUUCUCGAGAAAUGUUACGGCGCAAGAUAUCCGUGGUCGUUGUUACAUACCCUGCUACACCAUUGGAGCUUUCCCGUGCACGGUUGUGUGUAUCCGCGGCGCAUACCAAGGACGACCUUGACAAGGUUUUGGAAGCAUGCGAUGAAGUCGGGGAAGCACUACACCUAAAGUUCUCAUCCGGAAUAGCGGGCGGAUUGAAAGAACCAAGGGUAAGGGGUGCUAACACACCAGAGAGAUUGCCCGAGCCUCCACGCUGGACAUUGACAGAAGUCGUCGAAAGAGGAGUCAGAGAUGCGAAACUCACUUUCUACUAG